UCUUUUUUCCCUCUCCAUUUCCCUCUUUCCAUACACGAUCGUCAGCUGAAGAUCGCCGUCGCCGGGAGUAAGCUUCUCCGCCGCCGCCGGCUCCUCCACACGUCAACGCGAUUUAUUUGGUUCCUAAUUCGAUUUCGUAUCGGUACAUCGCGAUUCCCGUGUAGCUGAAGAGGAGGCGGGGUAGAUAAAGGGGGGAAAGGGAACCAGGCGCGGUGGCACGUUGGAUUGGAGAUAAUGAUUACGCGAUCGAAAUUGGCGGAACAGCUGAGAGAAUAUCAGAUUCGUUCGAAGCAUGAUUGGGCUUCCGUUUCGUUUUUCUCCUCAACAACCAAUGUCGCCUCUUCGAGGGUCGAUGUUGCAAUCUUUGUUAUAUGGGAGCUUGUCAUACUCGCAUUCCUCGUUUUCUCAGCUGUUUCCUUGUAUUUUACACACGUGACGCUAGCUGUUGUUUUUAUAUUCUUUACUAUAGUAUUGCUUUUAUUGAUGAAAGUUACUAAGAAAGUAAGACUUGCUCGCAAGAAGAAGCGAAGGAUGCUUCUUCCUUUAUCUAUGUAAUUGGGAGACUAUUGCCAUGUAGAUUGCAAGGAAUCUUGAUCAUUGCAUUUGGUAAA